CUUAAUGUUAAACAAAUGCUUUAUGACUUCGUGUACGUGAACAUUGUGAAUCACAGGCAUUUUUAAACAUUUGUUCACUUCGGUGACUAAAAGCCAAUAAAUAUGCGCUUGAGAGGGCGGAUAUGACAAAAUAAGAAAGGUUAACAAAAAAGCUAGUAAAAAACCAAAUCCGAAUAAGCUGCUUAACAUUUUUAUGCAGAAUUCAAAUGGCCUUUAAUGCACAUAUUUAUUGCUUUUAUUAUAGUUCAAGUGGGUUGUAUUAUAAAGCAAUGAGCGCAAUAUUUUAUUAAUAAUUUAUUUAAAAUUAAUUUUAAUUAACGGUUAAUUAAAGUGAGAUAUCAUGGUUUCAUCGAGCUUGUUUUCUGUAAUUACCUGUAUCCCUUUUAUCUGGUUAAAUUUUAAACCUUUAAUUUGAAGCCCAUUGUGAAUAACAUCAUCGUGACGUUUGGUUAAAUGUCUUUAAAAUUUUCUUGCCAGGCUUAAAUAAUUAUUUUCUUGCAAUAUUUUGUGCACCUCCAGGGUAUGACAAGUCAUUGAAUAGCCUUUAAAAAAAGUUCUACUGUACUUGUAUUUGGCAACUUCAUUCAAUUUGUGGCAUGACUUGCUGCUGCUGCGGCUGAUGUUGCUGCUAGCCAUGUUGCUGAUGAGCCACGGCAACAAGCUGUUGCUGUCAUGAGUUGGCAGAAGCCAUCGGCUGGAGUCUGCCAAACCAAUAAAGCAAUAUUGAAAUUGCUUUUGGCAGACUCUCAAUUGAAAAGGACCCAUUGAAUGGCCCACCCAAUGAACUUGUGACCCAAACUGCAACAUAGUUGUGGGAAAUUAUGUAGAACGACUUCGAGUCGGAUACAUAAAUAUGCUAGCAGAGAUACGCGAGCUUAUUUAAAUCAAAUUCCCACAGGCCACGUCAAUUAUGUGGAGCAGCAACAAGUGGUUACCUGUAGGAUCCCCUUUUACUCCAUUGCUGUGGAAAAUUGCCUCCGGUGCGACAACAGCAACAACUGCAAUGCAUUUUAGCCUCUUUUUUGCUACCCUUUUACACAAUUUACAUUUUUUUCAACUUCGGCAUGCAAUGGGCGUGAUUAACAACUUCCCCUUGUCGCCGAGUAGUGAAGUGGAUGAUGGCAAAUUGCCUUGAUUCACUUGGUUAGGCAUUGAAACUGACACUUUCGAGGCAACCUGGCUAAAACUCUAAUUGCUCGAUAGAGCCAUGGCAAAAAGAGAGACUUCGUUAUGCGUAAUGGAAUUAAUGAUUGACACACCAAUCGUUAUGAAAGCCUGGCUCCCAACGUGGUAACAGAAGUCUCAAAUGACAAAACAAUAAAUGAAGGGAAGUGAGUCAAUGGGAGUGGUAAGCUUGUGGGAUUUCUUUGAUAGACUAUUUACUUUUUAUUAAUCAUGACUUGUCAGGGAUUUUAAUAUCACUUGGAAUAAUACACAUAUAAAUUACGCACUCAUGUUAUGCAGAUUUUGAUAAUCAAGUUACCUGUCCUUGACAAUUUGUUGUCAAGUGUUUACCUUUUGUUCUACCCGGAGAUUCUUAACCACAUUGGGAAUCAUUGCCCCAAGAUCCAUUGAUAAUGCUUCCCAUCGAAAUCCAUUGAGGCGACGCCGAUGACGUCGCAAUUUUAAAAUAGUAAAUAUUCUUAUCAAUAAAUACAAUAAAUCAGACUACAUUUGUCAGAUGGGAGCAUAAAAUGAAAAAAGUGAUGCAGAGUGCUGCAUCUUCAACUUAGGAACAAAAGAAUGACCACAACUAAGUAGUAUAGACUGGUUAAUGCCAAUUAAUUUGUUGAGUAUUGAAAGAGAUAAACAUUUCAUUUUUCUAAAUAUUUUACAAUGCAUUACCGUGUCUCAAACUUUUCUUAAUAAGUAAAAAAUGUUUGAAAAAGUUGUGUCCCUUCUGUUGACUCAAAGCCUAAUAGGUACCUCCUCGGAAUCGGUAUUUUUUGGGUACAAAAACUUGCUUCAGACAUUGAUAAUAACAUGGUACAGCCCAGGGCCUGUAUAAAUUACUAUCAGGCCGCUCAGAACAGCCAUACAGAGAAACGGGGAGAUAACUGAAGCCGAAUGUGAUAGUAUGCCCGGAAUUUUUUUGUUCGAUUUUUUCCUCCCGAUUCUGUUCGAAUUUCGGUUUGGUUAUUUUGGUCAGACCAGAUUGACUUGCAGUUGUCCGUUGGCAGACGAGAAGAGCGGUGAGUCGAUCGCGACUUUCGAUUUCGUUUGGCAUCUUCAUCAUUAUCAAUAUCAUUAUCGGUAUCAUCCGCACAGGGCCUGCCAACUCGCAGUAAUUAUCUGCAUCGAGGCAGACGUCCUCAGCCUCAGAUUCGACUUUAGUUUCCCAGAUCGCAGGCACCAGUCUGUCAGGGCACCUCGAAGUCGCAACAUCAUCGACACAAUGUGGCUGCUGUUGCCUAUUCUGCUAUAUUCGGCGGUAUUCCUCUCGGUUCGGCACAUUUACAGCCACUGGCGGCGCAGGGGAUUCCCCUCGGAAAAGGCCGGGAUCACGCGGAGUUUCCUGCAAAAGGCAUACAGACGGGAGUUUCGACACGUGGAGGCCAUCUGUGAGGCCUACCAGUCGGGCAAGGAUCGCCUCUUGGGCAUCUAUUGCUUCUUCAGGCCUGUCCUUCUGGUGCGAAAUGUCGAGCUGGCCCAGACGAUUCUGCAGCAAUCGAAUGGACACUUCAGCGAACUGAAAUGGGACUAUGUCGCGGGUUAUCGCAGGUUCAAUCUGCUGGAGAAACUGGCACCCAUGUUUAGUACCAAACGAUUGUCGGAGAUGUUCGGGCAGGUCCAGAAAGUGGGUGAUCAUUUAAUUCAUCAUCUGCUGGACAAGGAAGACCAAGGAGGCCCCUUCGAAGUGGAUCUCCAGCAAAAGCUCAGAGUUUAUUCUGUCAACAUAAUUGCCAAUCUGAUUUACGGCUUAGACAUUAACAACUUUGAGCACAAGGACCAUAUCUUGACCAGCUACCUGAGCCACAGUCAGGCUUCUAUACAAUCCUUCACCUUGGGUCGAUUGCCGCAGAAAUCUUCAUAUACCUACCGCUUAAGAGAUCUCAUUAAACAAAGCGUAGAACUACGUGAAGAUCAUGGACUGAUACGCAAAGAUAUUUUACAACUACUAGUCCGAUUUAGAAAUGGCAACGAAGUUUGUGGAGAUAAAUGGCAACUGGACACGAGUCCAAAUGAUGCAGAAAAGCUGUUGUCCAUCAAACGCUUGGCCAAAGUUGCCGAGGAUCUCUUAAAAGUAUCCCUAGAUGCAGUGGCUUCAACUUUAACCUUCACUCUCUUGGAAAUCCUGCAAGAACCUCUAAUAGUGGAGAAGCUUCGAGCGGAAAUAAAGGAACUGAGCAAUAAAGAUGGUCAGCUUAAAUUUGAAGAGCUGAAUGGUCUUAGGUAUAUGGAUAUGUGUUUACAAGAAACUCUUCGCAAAUAUCCGCCUCUACCCAUUAUUGAACGCGUUUGCCGCAAAAGUUAUUCGCUCCCUAAUUCAAAAUUUACAAUUGAUGAGGGAAAAACUUUAAUGGUGCCCUUACUAGCCAUGCACAGAGAUGAAAAAUAUUUCAGUGAGCCAAUGAAAUAUAAGCCACUUCGGUAUCAGCAACCUAACAAUGAUGUGGGCCAAUGUGAAGAAAAGACCAAGAGCAAUGUUUUUAUUGGAUUUGGCAUUGGCGGAUCACAGUGCGUGGGGCAGAACUUUGCCAAGUUAGUAAUUAAAGUUGCCCUGAUCAAACUACUCCAGAAUUUUAAUUUGGAAUUGGAUCCGAACCAGGUAAAAACCAUUAAAGUUUCCCACCGACCAGCUCCUCUUAUACACAGUAAAGAUGGACUGAAAGUCAAAUUGAAGAGACGCGAAAUAAACCCGAAAUUUUACAGCUAAACUAAGUUAAGCUAAGUUAAGUUCUUUAAUUUGAGCAUCUUUUUCAACACUUUGUCGUGUGUGCGCGACACCUGAAAUUAUGCUAUAAAUAAAAUUCAGUAUAUUAUGGUCACAGUUUCCCCUU